AUGUGUCAGCCAAUCGUUUAUUAAACGGACAUGAUAAUCAAGUGAUACGCAAAUCAGAUAUGCUGGAAUAUUUUCUUAUAAUGUAUACAAUUAUCGUCUUGACCACCAUUGUAUUUAUCUAAAAUAUGCAAUUUUAGAUGGGAAAGGAACUUACAAAGUUUUAUCAGCACAACAGAAGUAUAACGAGCGUCAAGGGUCAAGUCAACACGUGUUAUCAGAAAUUUCGCAGAUAAUUGGCUUAAAUAUGGAAAGAGAUGGUCGCGGGAUACUUGUUGGCCCGAUAUUAUCAAACGAAUACAGCAGUAAUAUCUUCAUAACGAACGACAAUAGUUACCACACUGGCAGUUAUGUGACCAGACAUGAUGGUAGAAAUGUCUUACUCAAGAACAAUGGUGAUGGAACUUUUCAGGAUGUUGCCACAGAGCUGGGUGUUGCAGAUAGGAAUUAUAAUGGGCGCGGUUCAGGAAUGCUGGACUUCAAUGCAGAUAGUAAAUUAGAUAUUGCAUUAACUAAUUGGCUUGGUCCGUCUAGAAUGUUUCAACAACAAGAUGACAACAACAGGAUGCAGUUUCAGGAAACUGAAGAAUCCCUAUUUAGUCAUUCAACGGCAUCAGCUGCACUACUGACUUGUGACUUUGAUAAUGAUGGCCAAGCAGAUAUACUAAAAUCAGGUGCUAACGGAGAUAUAAACUGGCCAAAAUACAACGGAAUAUUUACAAUUAUUUCUCGGAAAAAGUCAACAGAUGAGAAAAUAAAGAAAACAGAACUAGCGGAUGAUGAAAACUUUAAACGACUUAGAAUACGAGGAAUGGCUGUAGCAGAUCUCAAUGGAGAUGGAAUCCUUGAACUAUUUACUAAUGUCAAUCAUAGACCUUUCCGGAAAGACGAAGGCACUGAAAAUAGUGAGAAUGCUCUUCAAAGCACAAACAAAAGAACAAAUGAGAACUAUAUGGAUCCGCAUUUAAAUAGUUAUAACAAGCAAAUUCGAUGA